AUGGCAAUCGAUAACAUUACAGUUCUGGUGUCAUGUGUCUGUGCUUUGCUCCUCUGGGCAGUGCGCAAGAGCGCUCGUCGUGCGCCUCUUCCGCCUAUGCCGCAAAGCAGUUGGAUUCCCUUCGUAGGAAAUGCCUUCCAAAUUUCACUCACGCAACCAUGGAUCACUUUCACGGAAUGGGGUCAGGAGUUCGGUCCUGUCUAUAUGUACCAUAUGUUCGGGGCCAACUUCCUCGUCCUGAACACGGUUGAAGCUGCUCAAGAUCUGCUCCACGAGCGAUUCAAGAAUUACUCCGAACGUCCCCGUCAAAUCAUGGUCUGCGAACUAAUGGGAUGGAAGUUCGACUUCGCUCUGCAGAAUUUCUCAAACCCCCUAUACCACAUCUUUCGUCAGAUCUUCGUCCGUGAACUGAGUAGCCAUGCCAUGAAUGCGUUCCGAGACUCGAUCACGCAUGCGACACGCAUCUGCCUGGAUCGCCUUCUGAGCAGUCCGGCGGAGUUUGAGAAACAUCUAACAGAUCAGGUCGUUGGGGCGAACAUGGCGAUUGCAUACGGCUAUCCCGAUGCCACUUCGACUGAUACCCAUGUCGAGGUAGCUAAUAGGGCGCAGGCCUCAGCCAUCGACGCAUUGCGCGCGGGAAACAUCUGGCUGGUGGAUAUAUUCCCCGUCUUGAGAUACAUACCCGAUUGGUUCCCUGGAGCCAACUUCAAGCGCGUCGCUCGCAAGGGUCGAGAGCUCGUUGAAGACAUGCGUUCUGGAACACUAGAGUGGUCGCUCAAGCAUUACCAGGAUGGCAAGAUGCAGACGUCCUUCUUCACUAAACUCAUGGAGAUGCAUGAAGGCGGCAGCAUCGGCUUAGACAUCGUACGGGAUAGUUGCGCCACAUUCCAUCCUGUCGCCACAGAUACCACCACGGCUGCGAUCAUGAUAUUCGUCCUCGCGAUGCUGCACGCACCGGACGUUCAGAAGCGCGCCCAGGAGGCAUUGGAUAGCGUCACCGGCGGGCAACGACUUCCCGAGUUCUCCGACCGCACAUCGCUGCCUUACAUCGAUGCUGUGGUCAAAGAGGUGCUGCGAUGGCAAACGGUGGUACCACUUGGACUACCGCAUGUUGCCUUAGAGGACGAUGUCUAUAACGGCAUGCUCAUCCCGGCGGGGACCAUCAUACUUCCCAAUCAGUACGCCAUGGCGCACGAUGAGAGCGUCUAUCCGGAACCGCAUCGAUUCAACCCUGAGCGCUUCCUGGGCCCUGACAAGCAACGUGAUCCGGACACCAGCGCUUUCGGCUUUGGCGCGCGCGUCUGCCCCGGGAGACAUCUCGCGCAACUCAUUCUUUGGCUCGACUUCGCUUGUAUUCUAUCCUGCUUCACGAUUGAGCGCCCGAAGGAUGACCUAGGCGCAGAGUACCUCCCACCGACCAAUCUGACCAAUGGUCUGACUAGCCGCCCUGAGGCUUUCCAGUGCCGUUUUGUACCUCGUCCCGGCUGGUCAACUAUCAUACAGGAUAGUGCAGUGCUAUAG